AUGACUGGGUUCGUCGACAGCAACAGGGACGACCUGAAGCGAAUGGUGUACCUGGCAGGUGCCAAGUACAUGGGCUACCUGUGCCGCAGCAACACCAUCCUCAUCUGCAGAGAACCAACUGGUUUAAAGUACGAGAAAGCCAAAGAGUGGCAGAUCCCAUGCGUGAAUGUCAAGUGGCUGGGGGACAUCCUGCUGGGGAACUUCGAGGCCCUGCAGCAGACACAGUAUGGCUGCUACACCGCCUUUGGCCUGCAGGACCACUUCGCCCCAACCACACACCUGGUGGUGAACCUUCUGGAUGCUUGGAGAGUUCCGUUGAAAGUGUCAGCAGAGUUGUUGAUGGGUGUAAGACUACCUCCCAAACCGAAGCAGAAUGAAGUAACUAAUAUCCAGCCUUCUUCCAAAAGUGCCAGAAUUGAAGAUAUUCCACCUCCCUCCAAGAAAUUACCACCGGAACUGACCCCUUUUGUGCUUUUCACUGGAUUUGAGUCUGUUCAAGUUCAAGAGUACAUAAAGAAGCUCCAGAUCCUGGGUGGGGAGGUCGCCGAGUCUGCACAGAAGUGCACCCACCUCAUCUCCAGCAAGGUGAAGCGGACCGUCAAGUUCCUGAUGGCCGUUUCCGUGGUGAAGCACAUCGUCACCCCAGAGUGGCUGGAGGAGUGCUUCAAUUGCCAGAAGUUCAUCGGUAAGUGGCCGAGCCGCACCCUGUGCACUGGAUGCCCAGUUAGGAGGGUUUUUGCCUUCAAAUUUAUCUCCAUUUUCAUCCCAGCACACAUCAAGUUCAUUUUUUAA